GAAUUAAGAGUUGCAAAAUACCAUAUCAAAAUGGCAGUGCCAGCUACUGAAUCAAUAGACCUUGAUGCAGAAUUUGAGAGCUAUCAACAGAAAUGGUCAAUGGAUCUAAAAAGCUUUAAAAAAAUCUGGUCAAACUCCAGCAAUGAGAUCAAGUCAGUCUACCAGCAACGUGAAACUCUCUUUAAAAAAUCCAAAGAUGAUAUUGAUGAAUUGAAUCAGAAAAUCAAAGGCAUACGUCAGGAAAUUAGCAGCAUUCACAAAGACAAGGAUCGGGCAGGGCGUGAGAUGCAGCGACUGGUACAAGAACUGGAGAAUAUUAGUAUAAGUCUCAGCGAAAAGACCAAGGAAAUGGAGGAACACAAGGAGAAGUUACAAGAACUUGAGAAGAGAGUGAACCAGAAGAUGACACUAGUAGAGAACACUGAGAAGAACAACCAGGAUUGUGUGAGCAACAUAGAACGUGGUGUGAUGAUGUUCUCCACCCAUUUGGGGUUAAAUGUGAAGUGUACCAACCGCAACACUCUCCUCUUCAUUUUUACUCAGAUAAAUCGAGCCCAGCCCAAUGAAGAAUACAUGCUAGAACUGACGCUUGAUGAGGAAAAGUACCAUCUUCUUCGCUCAGUACCAGAAAUUUCCAACCUACAAGAGCUGGAGGACAGACUCAAUUCAACAAACAACUUCUCAGGCUGCAUUGUACAUAUUCGUAAACUCUUCCAGAAAAUGCAUCACUGCUAGUCGAGACAUUUCAUUAUACUUUUAGUUAAACGUCAUUUUGUGUAAAGUAUGAUUUCUUAUGGUUCUUUCCUAAUUACAUUUUUCUCCUGUAGCUAUUCAUCAGUAUGUGAGGACAUGUUUUGUGUUAUCAAAGUAUUCAGGAAUUGUAAUUGCUGGAACCUGUACACUGGUAAAAAAUAAAAUUAAAAUAAAUGAUUAUUUUAUAAUCAUAUAAUUUGACUUUUUUUCAUGAAUGCUGUAAUAAAAUAAUCAGUCAUUAUAGUAUAUGAAUACAUUAUUAUGUUUUUCUUAAAUAUGCUGUCAUAAGUUUUACUUCAGAGCAUUAAUAGUUUAAGAGUUUUA